AUGCCCCAGAACAUCGGUAUCAAGGCCAUCGAGGUCUACAUCCCCCAGAACUAUGUCAAUCAGGCCGAACUAGAAAAAUUUGAUAACAUUCCUCAGGGAAAAUACACUAUUGGCUUGGGCCAGACCAACAUGGCAUUUGUCUCUGAUAGAGAGGAUAUCUACUCGCUUUGCUUGACGGUGACCUCUCGUUUGUUGAAAAACUACAACGUCGACCCAAAGAACAUUGGUCGUUUGGAAGUCGGCACUGAGACGUUGUUGGACAAGUCCAAGUCUGUGAAAUCGGUGUUGAUGCAGCUCUUCGGUGACAACGACGACAUUGAAGGCGUCGACACGAUCAACGCUUGUUACGGUGGUACUUCUGCUGUGAUCAACGCAGUCAACUGGAUUGAGUCGUCCUCUUGGGACGGCAGAGACGCCAUUGUCGUUGCUGGUGACAUUGCCAUUUACUCUCAGGGCGCUGCCAGACCAACUGGUGGUGUGGGCUCUGUGGCGCUUCUCAUUGGUCCAGACGCCCCCUUGGUGUUUGACGCCACCAGAGGCUCUCACAUGGAACACGCCUGGGACUUCUACAAGCCCGACUUCACGUCUGAGUACCCUGUUGUUGACGGCCAUUUCUCCUUGACGUGCUACACCAAGUCAUUGGACCACGCCUACAGAAACUACUCCAAGAAGGUCACCAAAGACGCCAACAAGACCGUGGGAUUGUUGGACUACUUUGACUACUCGGCAUUCCACGUGCCCACUUGCAAGUUGGUCACCAAGUGUUUUGCCCGUAUGUUGUAUAACGACUUCAAGUCAAACCCUGACGCGUUUAAAGACAAGCUCUCGCCAGAGGUGUUUGAGGAAGUCUCCAACAUCUCAUACGAACAAUCCUUGACCGACAGAAACUUGGAGAAGGUGUUUUUGGGCCUUGCCAAGGAGGAGUCCAACAAGAGAGUCACUCCUGCUUUGAAGGUGGCCACCAACACCGGUAACAUGUACACUGCCUCGUGCUGGUCCUCGUUGGCUUCGAUCUUGUAUUUUGUUGGCAACGACGCGUUGCAGGGCAAGAAGAUCUCUGUGUACUCGUACGGUUCUGGUCUCGCCUCCACUCUUUUGUCCCUCAAUGUUGUGGGCGACAUCUCCUCAAUUACCAAGGUUUUGGACUUGGAGCACAAGUUGAAUGGCGGCAGAACCCAAAAGACUCCUCAGCAGUAUGUUGACGCCAUUGAGUUGAGAGAAAAGAUUCACUUGCAGAAGAAUUACAAGCCUACUGGUUCCCUCGACGACAUUGCAUCUGGCGUGUACUACUUGAAGGAGAUUACCGACAAAUUCCAGAGAAUUUACGAGGUGAAGCAGUGA